AAUCAUUUUUGCAGCCCAGAAACGAAAGUGGCACAUCAUGUAAUUUUCCUCGAGAUCCUUACCUCAUUUGGUGAAAUCACGUUCACAUUGUUAAUGUUCCCCAAACAAACAACCCCUAUAAAAGCGUUCCCUAACUCACCCAAUUUGGUACCCAUUUUUAAAUCACAAUCUCGCCGAUUUCGCUCCAAAACUAUUCAGAAUUAAUCUUUUGUUCUUCGAUUCGUUUUCUUUUUGGUUUGGUUCGAUUUACCGUCUAUCGAUUGAUCCCGAUUUCGUUGCUUGUUGUUCUGGCAUUGCUAUUCUAGGGUUAGGGUUUCGAAAUUCUCUUAAAAGACUUUCGAUUUUGUCUGAUCCGUGAAUCUUAGGGCAUAUAAUAGCUUUUAUCUGUUCAUAUUUAUCUGGGUCAGUCUUAAUUUCGUGGAUUCUUUGAAAAGUUUGAAAAUUUGUCGGGGCCUUCGAAUUUCCUAUUGAUUUAUAUUAUGACUAUUUGGGGCAAAUAUUCAAUAUUUUAUCUUCUUCAAACUUUUAUAUAAUUUAUUAAUAAUAAGGGAGCUAGAUUUUCUGGGUUUGUAAAUUGGGUUUUUUAUUUGGCUUACUUGAAUUUUUAUUCGUCCGCUGGUGUUAUAACGUGAGUACUUCAGAGGAAGAUUUAGGUGAAAAUGAUUCACAAAAGACACUUUGCUGAUGAGGAGUCUUUUGAAUUUCCUUGUAAGAACCCUAAACUAUGUGACUACGCCAAUAACCUUGCUCCUAUCAUUGAUUUCAGUCCUUCCAACAAUGCGGCUGUGGAACCUCAAACUUCAGAAGAUAGAGCUAGCCACAACUUCAGUGAAUGUCAAGAUCAAAUGGCAUUUUUAUUUGACUCUGUUACAGAAGAUUCAAAUGGGAUUGAUGAGGAAUGUGAAAUAGGUACUUCGGCCUGCAUUUCUCAAUUUCUGUGGGAAAACAGUAGCAUUGCUGAAUCAGAUGCUAAGUUUGGGGCAGCAUUUCAUCUGUCAUUUUUUCCAGAAUAUUUUGCACCUCAACACCAUCUAAGGGCUUUGCUUCAACCUGAGGAGACUUAUUCAUCUCUUCUUGAAGCUACUCCUCUGAUUCCAGUUUCUAUUGGAACUGAGCAUCAAGCUGAUGUACCUGAAUGGAAGCCAAGGGGUUCAAAGAGCUUUAUGGAUAAUCUGGAUGUGUCAGGCCAUCAAGUUGAACUUGCACCUUUGUCCGAUUUUAGCCUUGAUGAUGUUGGUGAUGAGGAGAAGUUGAUGGGUACUUGUGUCAUAUCAAUGCCUGAUUAUGAAACAUCUGCCAAUUAUUGUUCUGAAAGAUGUGGAACCAGAAAUGACUGUAAAUGCAUUGAUAGAGGUUCAAUUGAUUGUGUCAGACAACAUGUCAUGGAAGCUAGAGAAAAACUUAGGCAAAACCUUGGGGAAAAGAUAUUUGAGGAAUUAGGUUUCUGUGAAAUGGGAGAGGAGUUAUCAAAGAGAUGGACUGAAGAGGAAGAGCAAUCAUUCCAUGAGGCUGUAUUUUCUAACCCUGCAUCGCUGGGGAAGAAUUUCUGGGACUGUCUCUCAUUGGUUUUUCCCUCCCAAACAAAGAAGGACCUUGUCAGCUAUUAUUUCAAUGUCUUUAUGCUACAGAAAUGUGCCGAGCAGAAUAGGUUUGACCCGCAAAAUGUUGACAGCGAUAAUGAUGAGUGGCAAAUAAAUGAACAUGAAGCUGGAGCGGCAGAGGAAGAUGAGUACUCUGGUGUUGAAUCUCCGACUAAUCAAGAUGCUCCCCCUUCUCAGGAGGAUCAUGCAGAUGAUGGCCAUGAUGACAUUGAAGGUGACAAUAAACUGGAUGAUUUUAAGGAUGGUGCUCAGGUUGUCUCUAUAGUUGCAACUGAUGAAGAUGAGGGAGAUGUGGAUGAUAUUUCCAUACAAGUUAAGAACUCCUUUGGUGACUCUGGUGGCAACACUGAGUUACAUCAUUCGAGUAAAAUUCAAAGAAGUUAUAGGUAGGAUGAUGAUAUACAAGAUGAUUCAUGUACGUCAUAUUAAUUUGAGCAAAUUAAGUGCUGUGAUCCACUUUAUACAGGGACUGAUAAGAAGAAGUCUAAAAAUGAUUGAUGUGCAUGCUGUGUAUAUUUAAAUGUUGGGUUCAUUGAUCAAGAGUAGGUUAUGUUUUGAAUCCUUGCAAUGGUAAAGCUUGGAUAUUGAUACAAGAGGGAAAGAGUUGAUUUUGUUAAUGAGUGUACAAUGUCUGCUCUCCAAAAUUAUAUUUGGCCAUGGUUUGCAUAAAAUAUUGGUGUUGGAAGCCUUUGAGGGAUGGUUGGGAAGGGACUCCCAGAAGAUUCAUAAUUCUGUAACCAGACUGGAGAGAAUCAACCUUGUUGUGUUUGUAAAUUUUCAUAUUUGUUGAGGAGGUUUGCAUUGGUGGGAAGGUGUUUUUCAUAAAGUUGGUUGAAAUCCUGGGGUGUCUGAAUAAGGGAUGUCCCUGGAAUCUUGCUUUCAAUCUACUGGUUGCCACUUUUAUCAGCAAGACAGAAUCCUGAUCUUUUAGUUAUUGGGAUCAGUCUCUUAAGAAAUAGUAUAUUUAUAUUGAGGACUCCACAAUCAGUGUUGUGAGUGAUAAGUGGAAAGUUUUACAUUUUUUAGUGUUAGCUUUAUUCUUUGCCUUGAUUUGUUAUUUUUUCUGUAUCAGUUUCAUCAAGAAUGGCCUCGCCAUUCAUUAUGCAAUAAAAUUAAUUGCUCCAUCUUGUGCCCUA